CUGCUACCAUCACCUCCGCAUUCACUGUACUUGUUACCGGCUUCGCCACUCAUCUGAAUCACGAUUAAGCACCACUGACACAAUCAUGGCUGGUUCGGACUCCGCAGUAGAGCAGACGGAGAAGUCUUUGGUCCAGACAGCUAGAGCAUGGGGCGAGAACGCCUUUCCGCCUACUCUACUGGCCUCUCUUAUCACCGCACAGCACAUGCGCCCGUUCCAACCACUGCCCAUGCUAUUCCCUCCUCUCCUUCUCUUCUCGAGCUAUGCCAACCUUCAAGGAUUCAAAACCGACACUGCGGGGAUCAGCGCCGCCUGGUCUGGGCUCUACCUCCUGCUUGCGGGGCGGCGCAAGCAGCCGUUCAUGAAGAAAUGGGGCGCUCGGGGCAUUGUGCGCGGCGUGACCAUGGGUCUUUGCUUGGUCAACAUGGUGAGUGGGGGACUUGCCUAUACCCUGGGCAAGCGGGAAGAAGACGAAGAUUAGACGGCAUGGGUAUAACUGUAUAGAUUGGGCCCAUUCUGCAGGGCCUGAAGAUCCAUCGAAGAUUUAUUUAUGUACGAUAAUGUCCGCCAAACACACGGAUGAGGGCGUCGCUUUGGGCAUGGUGUUAUGGUCGUCGCUGAGACAAAAGCAAAUUGGUUUCUGGCAUACAGAAUGUUGAAAUGCGCUGUCUAUGUGUAUACGUGGUAUGAAAAAAGAUUUACAAUGGUUGCGACUGGCGG